AACAGACCACUUUGCCUAUUUGCCACAUUUACCCUUGUAAGAAAGCUAAACUGACCAAUUUUUUUCUUGUUUCGCCGAUCGCGUCCUCUCUCUCUCUCUCUCUCUGUUCUCCGAGUCCUAGCCGGAAUUGACGACCCUAAACCCUCGCACUCAGAUUAAAGACUCAGAGGGAGUCCAAAAUUCCCGAUCCCUAAACGAUGUUGUUUGGCUAGAAAGCAAAGGAAAGAGAAGAAGAAAAUGAGGUCAUCUUCUGAUGGAAUUAACGUCGCCGCCAGCGCUCAGAAACUUGAUGUCGAUAAUCGGAUUUCUCUCCGGUACUACUACCGAAUCGCUGAUAAUAUUCUCAAACAGGCUGACAUCUUUCGAAGAGAGAGGAAUAUCAUAGACCUAUAUGUUAUGCUUCUACGAUUUUCAAGUUUGGUCUCUGAGACCAUACCAAACCAUCGAGAUUACAAAGCCUCUCUUCAAAGCCAAAAAGCUUAUUUGAAAAAGAGAUUCUUGAGUGCAUUGGCUGAGCUGGAGAAGCUGAAGCCUGCAGUGCAACUGAAGAUCACUGAACUGAACAGAAAAGACACAUAUCAAGUAAAUGGGCGGGGCCAGUUACAUCAAAAUAAUUCGUUGGACUGGUCUCCAGUUAAAAAACAGACCUCAACUAAUUAUGACUUAAUAAAGGCAGCAGGACCAGCUACACAUCAAUUAUUGUAUCAAGGUUCAAGGGCUCAACAAUAUUCAUAUGCCAGGCCGGUGGAACAGCGAUUCAGCAAAAUGUCUUUAGGUUUUCCACGUCCGAAGGAGGAAACUCUCUCUAGACAUUCUAUAUUGGGUCCUAAUUGGCUUUCUGGGCAUUGGCAUCCCCCUAUAAGUGAUAAAGGGGUCCGAUAUCCAAGCACUGUAGACCUGACUCCAGUUGAAAUUCCAAGCCUGCAGGAAACCAUAGAUGAUGGACUUUCAGUUAAAACAGAUAGUGGAAAUUCCAAAGAUGAAACAUCAAGUGUGGAGUUGAUUCUUGCCCAGGCUGAUAAUACUCUGAUGCAUCAUGUUGCGGAACCUGGUUCACUGAUUUCCUUUGAACCAACAGAAUCCCCUGCUCAGCCAGAUAUUAUCAGACAGCCUUCUCCUCCGCCUGUACUUGCUGAAGUACAAGAUUUGGUUCCUGCAGUGUCACAGCAUAACUGUUCAAAUGUACUUGCAGAAUUACAAGAUUUGAUACCUGCAGUGUCAUCUCAAGUUAAUGAGGUAGAACAUGGAAUGGGGACUUCCCCACAAGAUAAUUUGGUCGGUGCUGAAUCUCCACUGCAAUUGCACAUUUCAACCACAAUGAUGGAGACCUUUAUGAAGCUUGCUAAGUCAAACACAGAUAGAAACUUAGAAACAUGUGGUGUCCUUGCAGGUUCACUUAAAAACAGAAAGUUUUAUAUUACGGCCCUCAUCAUUCCUAAGCAGGAAUCGACAUCAGAUUCUUGUCAGGCAACAAAUGAGGAGGAAAUAUUUGAAGUGCAGGACAAGCAAUCUCUCUUCCCACUUGGGUGGAUUCAUACACAUCCUUCUCAGUCUUGUUUCAUGUCAUCAAUUGAUGUUCACACACAUUACUCAUAUCAGAUUAUGUUGCCUGAAUCUGUUGCAAUCGUCAUGGCACCUAGAGAUGGUUCAAGAAAGCAUGGCAUUUUCCGGUUGACAACCCCCGGUGGGAUGUCUGUCAUUAGACAAUGUCAGCAGCGUGGCUUUCAUCCACACGAUCCACCUCCUGAUGGUGGGCCCAUAUACAAGACUUGCACAGAUGUUUAUAUGAAUCCCAAACUAAAAUUUGAGGUCAUUGAUCUUCGGUGACCACGAUCACAACAUUCAGAUGGGUAACAUUUAUUAUGCAAUUGUUCAUAUACUGCAUAUACAAUGAUAUCAACUUCUUCAUUAGUAAGCCUUUUGAAUGCAAGAAUAUUGGUGUCUAUAUAUUGAUGUUUGUGUAAAAUAUAGGUGAAUCAUGCCAGCUAACAAUACAACCGAGUAUAUGUAAAUGCCCUGAUUGAUUGGCCAACACUGGAAUUGCAUUGACCUGCUUCCAUUUGGAAUGAACCGGAAAAUCUGUGGUUCGACAUA